CGUAAUUUACGCAACUGGGGCGUCCUUUCUCUUUGCAAAGGUCGCGGACAGGUGUUCUCACGUAAGCCAUGGCGUUUAUCACAAACGUCGCCGCCUCCUUCAUGUCCAACCCGGGCCUGCUGGUCCUGGUGGUGGCGCUGAUCGCGAUAGUCUUCAUGGUAACGUCCAACAGAAAGCCUCGCGGGAAGAACCCGUUUGCCGCCGACUGCAGGAGGCCGCCCUCUCCGCUGGUCACCGACCAGGCGGCCAGGGACAGAGUCAUCAAAAAUGGUUUUGUCAUCAAGAAAGUUCCGGAGACGCUGGACGCCGUGGUUGUUGGCAGCGGUAUCGGAGGGCUCGGCGUGGCAGCCAUGAUGGCGAAGGCUGGCAAGCGCGUGCUGGUGCUGGAACAGCACGACCAGGCGGGAGGGUGCUGUCACACCUUCAUCGAGAAGGGCUUCGAGUUUGACGUUGGUGUGCACUACAUUGGAGAGAUGUGUGGGUCCACGAUAAACAAGGUUCUGUUUGACCAGCUGACAGAAGGACAGCUCCAGUGGGAGAAACUGGAUGAUGCCAUGGAUGUCGUUGCCCUUGGUGCUGAAAAUCCAAGGAAAUUUCCCAUUGUACAAGGAAAUGAAGCCUUUAAGAAGGCUCUUCUGGAGAAGUUUCCAGAGGAAGAGAAAGCCAUUGAUGGCUUCUUGCUGCUGCUGAAGAAAGUAAGAAAGAGCAUGUUGGGGUAUGUUGGGCUGAGGUCCCUCCCCCAGUGGCUUGCUAGGCUGCUGGUAAAGACAGGUCUGGUGAACUACAUGACCAACUACUUCAAGUAUGCCAGCAAGUCAGUCAAACAGACACUUGAUGAACUCACAGACAACCAGGACCUGAAGGCAGUUUUGUCUUACAGCUUUGGUGACUAUGGUACUCCUCCCAAAGAUGCCCCCUUCACCAUGCAUGCCACCUUGAUCAGCCACUACUACUAUAACGGAGGGUACUACCCCAUCGGUGGUGCCAGCGAGAUCGCCUUCCACAUGAUCCCUGUCAUCGAGAAGGCCGGCGGUGCCGUGCUGGUCAGGGCACCUGUCACUCAGAUUCUGAUUGACAGCAGUGGUGCUGCAUGUGGUGUGCGUGUACACAAGUCCAGUGGAGACAUAGACAUCCAUGCACCAAUAGUCAUCUCUGAUGCCGGCCUGUACAACACCUACCAGACUCUGCUGCCCAAGGAAGUUGCCGUGAAACAUGGUUUGGAUUGUGUGCUGAGCAAGGUUCGGCAUGGAGUUGGUGCAGUGAGUCUGUUUGUGGGACUCCGUGGUACUAAGGAGGAGCUGGGACUGAAGGCACAGAACUGCUGGGCUUUCACCCACAAUGACCUUGAUGCAGGCUUUGAGGAAUAUGCCAACAGGAGUGCAGAGGAUGCUGGGAAGGCUGAUGUUCCUCUCCUCUUCAUUUCCUUCCCAUCAUCCAAGGACCCCUCCCAUGAGCAGAGAUACCCAGGCAAGUCUACCUGCACGGUGAUCACGCUGUGCCCGUACGAGUGGUUUGAGAAGUGGGAGGACGAACGCGUGAUGAAGCGAGGACAGGAGUACAAGGACCUGAAGAUGUCGGUGGCCGCCAGGAUCUGGGACCAGACCUGCAGGCUUUACCCACAGAUAAAGGACAGGGUGGAGUAUUUUGAGAUGGGAACACCUAUCACCAACAAGUACUAUAUUGCGGCCCCCCGUGGGGAGAUCUACGGGAUUGACCACAACAUGGCUCGCUUCUCGGCAGACACGGUCACCCAGCUGCACCCAGAGACACCUGUACCCAACCUGUACCUGACAGGCCAGGACAUCUUCUGCUGUGGUCUGGCCGGCGCCCUGUUUGGCAGUAUCCUGUCCGCUAACUCUGUCCUGAACCGCAACGUCAUGUUUGACCUCAUGAACCUCAGGAAGAAGAUAGCCAAAACCAAGUAAUCCCAUCAUGCUCUGCACUAGGGGCCAAAACCAAGUAAUCCCAUCAUGCUCUGCACUAGGGUUCAGGUCAGGUUACAACUUUGGGGUCAGGUGCAGUGUUUUCUGACAGCAUAGGGGUCAGGUACACUAGGACAACUUUUUGUGACAAGCUGUGUCUUAAGUGCCAAAGACAUGACCACAAGAAAUUUUUUUAAUUCGCUAAAUGAGAGUCAAAUUUACACUGUUACAGCCUUAUUCCAUCCAUAUGCAAUGUCAGUGACAUUUUUUAUUGGCAGAAGUGAUACAAAAUGACAUGUUUUCCUUCUAUGGAGGUAAACAUGAAAAAAGUCAAUUGUCCCAUUGCAGAUAAAUAAUCAUACAAUGGUAGUUUUCAUUUGCAUUUGCUGUGCUUUUAUUUGAGUUUGGAAUAUAUAUAGCAAUGAACUACAUGUACUAGUAUAUAAUGGUGAGAAAAAUCUAUGAAAUCAACAAUGAAUUAUGCUGUUGCCUAAAGAAAGCUUGGUGAGAUUGACUUGAAACAGUAUGUAAUACAUGACACAAAUACAUGUACAAUGUAUUUGGGUUAUUCACAAUUAUAGGUAUCUUGAGAUUUCCUACUUUAAAACAAGUACCAUGUAUCUCUAGUUCCUAUGAUCAUUAAAGCUUGGUGAUUUUAAAA